UGCAGCACCGCUGUAUUGACUGCUGUUAGAGCUACCCAGAGCUAAUGUGGCUAAGGUAGGCUAACCUAGGCUGAUAGACCUGAUCUAACUCUCUGUUUGUUUAACUUUACUAAGAUUAUAAAUCAGACUGAUCCGGGUUAAACACGGGAACAGGAUCUGGACUAUAAAAACACAAAUAUAAAACUACAGUUAGAGAUAAACUGAUACUGAUAACAUCAGCUAGCUCCGCUGUUAGCAUCGACGUGGUUCAAAAACAUGGACAUUUAGAAUAUAAAGGAUUAAACUAUGAAGGACAUUUAAAGUAUGAGGAUUUAAAGGAGUAAAUAUCACUAACAAAGACCACCAGGAUGACCUCAGCUUCUACUAAAGUUGGAGAGAUCUUCUCAGCAGCGGGAGCCGCCUUCACUAAACUAGGAGAGCUCACCAUGCAGCUCCACCCGGUGGCAGACUCCAGUCCUGCAGGCGGUCAGACGAAGAGCACGGUGAAGAGAAAGCUGUAUGAGGACGGAGCUCCGCCCUCUGAAGGACCCAAGAAGUCUGUUAAAAAAACUCCAGCUGCUGGAACGCUGGGAACGCCGACUGUGGUCUCUGUCCCCACGGCUAAAGUGGUGAUGACCUCCGGUCUACAGAGCCCCCCCAACAACAGCAGCAGUCAGCCAGCGCUGAAGAAACAGAAGACUGCAGAUGUGACUCUGAGCGCUCUGAAUGACUCGGACGUGAACAGUGACCUGGUCGACAUCGAGGGACUCGGAGAUGGAUCAAACUCCAAAAAACUGAACUUUGACCAAGAUAACCUGAACCUGGACUCUAGUCUCAUCAUGAACCCCGGUGACCUCCCACUGCUCUCACGCUGACCCCUCACUUCCUGAGGUCAACUUCUCCAAAAUUAGAGUCUUUACAUCUGAAGAACUGUUGGAUCCACUGAGACUCGUUGGCACCAUCUGGAUCACUUUAUUUCUAUUUUUCUGCUGAUUUUAUUUUGUUAUUCUCUUUCAAAGACUUUUAUUUUGUAGGAAAACAAAAACAUUAGAAAUCUUUGGGCACAUUAAAACUAGAAUCUCUUGUGUAACUCACCAGGAGACUGUGGAGAAGAGAGACUCUUUAAAUCUGUGAAUAUUGGAGAUUCUGACCCUGGUUCUCUUUGGUGUGAUGAUCUGUUUGGUGUUAGACCAACAGAAGCAUCAGCAGGAAAUAGAUCAGUCAAUGUGUGGAUUUACAAUUAAAAACUUUGUUUCAUUGUCA